AUUAAGGGACAAUAUGAGGUUAAUAGAGGUAAGCAUUCCCUUCAACUUGUCUUACAUUUGUCAAAGCUGCAAACCAAUUUAAUUGAUACGCACUAAACAGCCCGGGAAAUACAAUUGUAAACCGUUGAUUUGUGAAAACAGCCGAUCCGUUUCGGCGUAAUAAGCUAAAAUCAUUACUUCCUCUCAAAAUUAGGGUUCAACGCCGAAACCCUAAACGCAAGAGUAUAAGUUAAACCCUUGUCCGGUUUUCAGGUUCUUUGCAUUAGAUAUAUGGGAAUUUGAAGCCGAGCGACGAGCGGUGGUAUUGUGUGGAGUAGUUGCUGAGCGGAUUCAUCAACAACCAUGGCGGACAAUGAAGUCGAUGUGGGCGCCUCAGCUCCGAAGAAGAGAACAUUCAAGAAGUUUACUUUCAGAGGCGUUGAUCUCGAUGCCCUUCUUGAUAUGUCGUCUGAUGAUCUCGUCAAGCUCUUCCAUGCCCGUGCAAGAAGAAGGUUCCAGCGAGGCUUGAAGAGGCAGCCAAUGGCUCUCAUCAAGAAGCUCCGUAAAGCAAAGCGAGAAGCUCCUGCAGGUGAGAAGCCUGAACCAGUUAAAACCCACCUUCGAAACAUGAUUAUUGUCCCUGAAAUGAUUGGAAGCAUCAUUGGUGUUUACAAUGGGAAGACCUUCAACCAGGUUGAAAUCAAGCCUGAGAUGAUUGGACAUUAUCUGGCAGAGUUUUCUAUUUCUUACAAGCCUGUAAAACAUGGAAGACCUGGUAUUGGUGCCACACACUCGUCAAGGUUUAUUCCUCUGAAAUAAGCCUUAACCAAUACUUAAUAUGGCUACAAAUGAGAGUCGAGAGGCAUUUUGAACUUUCUUUUGUUUAGUUAUUGGUGGACUUUUUUCAUUUUAGCCCACUUUAAGAUCUCAAGUACAUUGUUUUAUAUUUUGAAGGAUUUAUGUCUAUCAUUUGUUACUUCUCUGAUGAAUAUGCAAUACUUUUGAGAAGCAAAAUGGUGUUCUAAGAAGAGGCAUGUUUCAUGCAAAUGAUGCCAGCCUUGUGUUUUUCCCAAGGCAAUACAUUUAUUUAUGCACGUGAAAUCAUAAUUUUUAAUUGCUUGGUGAAACUUAAGAUC